GUGUGUGUGUGUGUGGGUGAAAAACCCCCGCUGGAAAACAUGGCUGCUCCGGCCGCUGCGCCGGCUCUUGCGGCGGGUUUGUGCCCGAGUUUCGCCGUUGUGUGCUCGUUUCUGGAGCGCUACGGAGCCGCCCUGGACCUGCCGGAGCUCACCUUCCCGGAGAUGGAGCGAUGCCUACGGGACACGGCGGCAGUUCCACAACCUCUCGUUGAACUCCAUGUCAAACUGCUGCGUAAGCUUGGCAAGACGGUGUCCUCAGAGAGAUGGGAAAAGCAUCUCGUCAAGGUGUGUCAGGAGUUUAACAGUGCCUGGGCAUGGGAGCUGGAGAGGAAAGGCUACCCGGAGAUGUCCAUGGAGUGCAAGACUGACAUCCUUAAGUAUUUAUGUGAAUGCCAGUUUGAUGACAACCUCAAGUUUAAGACGGCGGUCAAUGAGGAAGAACCAGACCAGAUGCGCCUGCAGCCUAUCGGCAGGGACAGGGAAGGGCUCUUGUACUGGUUCCAGUUGGACCAAGAUCAGAAUGUGCGGGUUUAUGUGGAAGAGCAGGACGAUUUGGACGGUUCCUCUUGGAAAUGCGUUGUCAGGACUAGGAAUGACCUGGCAGAUAUUUUGGAAGGACUUAAAGCCCAGAUUGACCCACCGUUGACAGACCAGGAGCAACGGGAUGGCAGCCCGGAGGAGAAGGGGAAGGAGAAGGAUGAGAUGUGCUCCAGUGGUGACAUUACAGGGAAGAAGAAGAGUGGCAAAGCAGAGUGGACAUCAGAGGAGGAGAACAAGCAGGUGACCAUGGGUUCCAAAGAAGAUCUCGAGGGAAGUAAGCCGGUGAUUGCAAAUAUUAAAAACGAGGGAUCAACUGGACCUCUUAAACUAAAAGAAGAGCAAAAGGAAGAGCUUGCAUUGAAGCCUGCUGGUAUGGAAAAGCCACAGCUGGAGCUGCCUCUCGUUAUAGACAAUAGAGUCAGCACCAUUAAGAGCCUUGUGAAGGAUGAGCCGAGGGAUUCUCCUAGACACUGGAAUGCCAUCUCCGUCGUCAUGGCACCGGGCUCUCUGAAGCAGGAACUUCCAAGCAAGACGGAUGCGUACAAGGACAAGACAGCCGAGGAUGUGGAGCGGGCCAUAAAGAAUGACCAGCAGGCCAAGAUACCCCUGAAAAAGAGGGAGCUGAAAAGGAGCGACAACUACGACAACAGCAAUUACAGCAACAUAAACCACAACAACAACAACAUCAGCAACAAUGGUAGCGUUAGCAUUGGAGGUAUAAUCGUUCGAAACCCAGCAGUGGUGGCACUGAACGAUCAGCAUGCUCCCAGCACAGCCACGGAAAAGCUGGCGAAGGCAACUAGUGAUGGAGUCCUCGAGAAGCCGAUGCCUGUUGAAGUAAACAAAAACAUGGUCAGAGAACAGUACGUAGGUAUCGGAGUGAUUAUGGGCCCAAUUGAGAGGAAGCGCACGUUUCCCGAGGCUGAGGCCACUCCUACGAAGGACAGAAAUGGACUAAACGGAGACGGGAAGAUGUUCAAGGCCGAGGUGACUCCUGAGAAUAUGAGGCAGUCAGUCCUUGUAAGAAAACCCAGCCUUACAGCUGAAAAUUCCACUAUCGGUGAAGACAGGACAUUUAAGGUUGAGCAGGCAGAGGGUGAGGAUUCAGCUCAUGGAAAGGACCCUGUGGUGGACGCCACAUUAUCACCAGUGUUAGCAAAGCCAAAGGUCAGUCAAAAGGAUAAUAGUGAGGUGAAAUCUGUUAUAAAGUCCAAUUCAGUUGAGCAAGCCUCGCCUAAAGGAAAGGAUUCGCCGGAAACAGUCACUUCAUCAGUCGAAAAUGUGGGAAAAGACGCAGAGGAACCUUUUUCUGAAAGAAGUAAGGCGAAAACGACAGAUGUGACUGAUGGAGGAAAGGACCGUAUGACGAGUAGCUUUAAAGCUGUGGAAGAAAAUGAAGACAGAGGACAUAAAAGCUCAAGAAAAAGACGGUCAGUGAAGACUAAGACCAAAAUUCAGUCAGGAGAGGCCCAAAACAGGCUCUGCUGCGUGGGAGCAGCUAACAAGGACGAUGAGGAAGUGUCGUCCGAGCUGCAGAAGGAGGGAAUCCGCCUGAAGAUCAAAAUUCCCCUGCACAGGCGAACUCCUGAGCUCCAGCUGGAGAGAGAAAGGGAGGACUCACAGGCCGGGGACAGGCGGUCACUCCGGAGGUCAGCUAGGAUCUGCAAGCCCAGUCCAAAACUGGCCGAGAUUCAGGUCAGGAAGCAUGAGCGGAAACAGACAGCGGCCCCCGCAGCACGGGAGGUGGAAGAGCACAGAGAGCAUGAGGAGGAAAAAGCACUGCCCAAGAAGGACGUUCACAAGGAUGGACCAACCAAGUCUGCGAGGGGUAAACGGCGGCACCGGCGACCUCGCUGGUCAAAAACACGUCCGAAGAAACACAUGAAAACCGAAGUGGCUCUACAGGCUGAUGCGGUCUGCGAGAACAAGUCUGAGCGAGAGGAGAAAAGUGAGUCGGAGUCAGAGCGCUCAGAAGAGGCUCCGCCUGAAGACGCCUGUAAACACUGUGGACUCCCCAACCACCCUGAACUGAUUCUUCUGUGUGACCUGUGUGACAGUGGCUACCACACUGCCUGCCUGAGGCCUCCUCUGAUGAUCAUCCCUGAUGGCGAGUGGUUCUGUCCUCCAUGUCAGCAUAAGCUGCUGUGUGAGAAGCUGGAGGAACAGCUGCUGAACCUGGACACGGCUCUGAAGAAACGGGAACGAGCUGAGAGGAGGCGUGAACGGCUGGUGUAUGUGGGCAUCAGUGUCGAGAACAUCAUACCCAAUCCAGAUGCUGAUGCAGAGGAUAAAAAGCUGGAGAAGAAGAAAGAUGCAAAGAAGAAUAAGAACCUGGAAAGGAGAUCAACAAGGAAAAGAAAGUCUAUCAGUUACAGGUUUGAUGACUUUGACGAAGCCAUCGAUGAAGCAAUAGAGGAAGAUAUACAGAGUUCAGAGGGAGGAGCUGUGGCUCAUGGUAAGGAUAUGGCCACCAUCACGGGCCAGAAGGAGAAAGAAGGGGACAAAGAGAACCGACGGCCUGCUAAAGCUCCCACUCCCCGCAAGAGGAAACGGCGCCGGCGACUCAACGACUUGGACAGCGACAGCACUCUGGAGGAUGAGGAGAGCGAAGACGAGUUUCAGCUUAGCGACAGCAUGGAAGAGGAGGAUUUUGUGGUGUCUGGAGAUGAUGCAGUCAGUGAUGCCGAUGCUGGCUCAUGGGAUGGGAGCGACUGGGGCAGCACCACGAGUGGCCACGGCCGUCUGCCUCCGGCCAGGAGAACGGCCAGGAAUGACAGAAACCAGAAACCCAAGAGAAGCGCUAGACGAUCAACCAGACGACAGAGAGGCUCUUCAGAGGAGGAAGAGCUUCUGGAUUCAGAGGAGGAGGAAGAGAUGGAAACAGAGGGAUCCAGUGAGUUCAGUGACAGUGACGUGGACAUGAGGAGACGGAGGUCACGGCGGAGUCAGAGUGCUCACGUCAACUACUGCGAAACAUCGGAGUCUGAGGGGUCACACAAAGCCGCCAAACAGAAAACUGGCCAACCGCGCCGCCGCCGAUUGUCCAGCUCCAACACGUCCGUCCUUUCCAAGGACUCUGAGCCGGACGAGGAUUCUGAGCGGAGGCCGAAGGGCAGACAGAGGGAGUCGACCAGAGAGGACUCUAAACAGAGACACAAACGGCUAAAACUGAAACGACAGAGGAGUUCGAGUGAGGAAGACGAGAAGGAGGAGGAGAAGGAUGAGACAGGCGAAGAAGGAGAGAGCGAAGAGUCAGACGAGGAAGAGCGGCCGGUCCGAAAGAGGCUGAACCGCAUAGAGACAGACGACGAGGAGGAGGAGGAGGAAGAGGAGGAAGAGGAGGUGGUGGUGGAGCGAAGGCAGAUGCAAAACGCACACGGAAUGAGGGGCAGCACAGUUAGAGACUUCGGCCAGCUGCCUGCGAGGGCGCCCACUAGAGGUUCAGAGGGUUUGUUGCCAAAGCACACGGGCAGAAAUAGCGGGACACCUCACGGAAGGCACAACGGCCUGGCUCCUCCGAGGCCUACAGCUCAGGAUGAAGACGAGGAAGAUGAGGACGACCUCACCGCGGUCACGGACCUUGUUAACUUCGUUUUUGACAGUGAACAGUUGUCGUGAUUGUGCUGAAUAGAUUUAAUAUAUAUACUAUAUUUUUUCUCAUUGCCUUUCACCAAUGACCACCUCACUGGUGGGGUCCCCACAUUGUCGGUCACCAUUUCCUGUUCUUUGUUUUAUCUUUUCUGUUUUUGGGUACUGGACCAAUACAAGCUUCCGGAGGAAUGCCGUGGUGUCUUUUCCCGUGAUGUCCGAAUGCACUCUCGCUCUACUUUACCAUCCCAUAGCAUGCACAUACAGGUUUAGAACAGGGUCCCAGUAAAACACAUAUACAAUAGCUGUUCCUCUGAGAGUAAAGCACUCUGUGAUUUAAGGCCAGUAAAAUGUCAUCUGUAUAACAGAGGCUUAUAUAUAUUGUCCUGUUAGAGACACUUUACACUGUACAUUUUCAGGCUUGUAUGUUGCCGCGUUUUAAAUUGGUGUUUUAGAGAUGUUUUUAGUUUUAUUCUCUGUAAAAGAAAAAAAGAAACAAACGUUUUAUAUGAAAGAGAGGCUGUACUGUAAUCUGCUCAACAGAUUGAGAUUUGAAAAAUUUGAAAUUUUCAGUUCGGUUCAGACUUUACUGACAUGCUCCGCCAACGGAAUAGAAUCAAAAGUGCCACGAGACACAAAAAGGCACAGUUUAGUGGAAGGAAAUAAGUAGCUUUACAGUUUACUUACGUAGACUUUAUAACCACUUUAUUGUAACAUGCGUAACAGUCUUACUACUGUCCUAAAUGAUCAUUUCAUUCCUAAAAUGAUUUAUUUGUUAAUUUAAAAUAGUAUAUAUUCUAUUUUGGUUGCCCAGAUUAUAGUAGUACACCUACAAGGGCAGUUGAUUUGGACAAUGUCCACUGUGGCACACAUUAGUUUAUUAAAAUGUGUUGCUUUGAGUUCUUUAUUAUUAUUUUCUUUUAUUUUUUUUAAGUAUAUAAAGUAUAUAAAUGUGCCUGUACACUUGCCCAUGGGCUGACCUAAAAAAAAAAAAAUAACCUUUCAAAUUUUCUAGAAUUGAAUGCACUUGUCCAAGCACCUUUUGACCGUGCCAGGUGUUCUGGCACUGUUUGCAGCUUUUCAUUCUGCACUGAAGGUUUUGACUCUCUUUUCAAAAGCACUUUAAAAGAAUGAAGUGUUGUUUGGCCCCUUUCAUUUAUCCCAGGCUGUGCCCUGUGCUCCGCGAGGCUGUCUGAAAACAGAACACUACUAAACCAUUCCAGGCCACACCAUGUGAACAAGGCCCGUGUAAAACCCCGCGCCGCAGUUGAACGUGGCCUUUUGUUUGCUGUACGAGUUUGUUUGUUGAAGGGUGUUCAGCUGGAACGAGUGUCGCCUGUGUUUUACUGUUCAUGUUCGGUCUCCGUAAUUAAAGAAGACAAAAACAUAAAUAAAACUUGAUAAAUGCG